CAGUCCCUUUCGUCCCUUCCGGGCUUCCCUCGGCUCCCUUCGGCCCCCUCUCCGGCCCCGCUCGGUCCGGCCAUGGCGGCAGGCAGGCACUCGCCGCCCGGUCGCUGCUGCCCGUCGCGGGUGGCGGUUCCCAGCGUGUACCAGAGCCUGCCCGAGAUGGACUUCGAGCGGGGGAUCUGGGCGGCAGCGCGGGACGGGGACGAGCCCCGGGUGCUGGAGCUGCUGGAGCGGCGAGGGGAGCCCGGCCAGACCGACCUGGCAGGGUACACGGCGCUGCACUAUGCCAGCCGCAACGGGCACCUGGGGGUCUGCCGGCUGCUGCUGCAGCGGGGAGCCUGCUGCAACGCCCGCACCCCCGGCGGUGCCACCCCCCUGCACCGUGCCAGCUACUGCGGCCACCUGGCCGUGGCCCAGCUCCUGCUCGCCCACGGCGCUGAUCCAGCGGCCACCGACGAGGAUGGUCGCAGCAGCCUGCACAAGGCGGCUGAGCAAGGCCACCGGGAGCUCUGUGUCCUGCUCCUGCAGCACAGCCCAGCGCUGGCCGGAGUCUGCGAUGCCAGGGGGCAGCGUCCCCGGGAUGUGGCACACCCGGUGGUAAGGGACCUGCUGGAGGAGACCCAAGAGGGACAGAGCCAGCAGGACCUGCUGGAGGAGACCUGAGAGGGACAGAGCCAGCAGGACCUGCUGGAGGAGACCUG